CUGAGGUUGGGUUGCUUCAUUUACAUUACAGACCUUCCACUGUUAUUUAGGAAGUGUCUAUCAAGACGUCACUAUUCCAAAUAACAACAUGGAGACAUUGCCCAGGAAUGCCUGCUUUCCUUUAGAGAACAAAUAUCCUCCUGAGAACAUCUCACUACAGCUGGACAGCCCUCAGCUCUUCCCAGAGCACUCAUCACCUCCUUGCCCAGCCUUCCCUCUCCUCCUCAGGAAGUCUGUCAGACCUCCAUGGCUCUCUGUGUGGAAGGUGGUGGCUUCUUCCUAGUGACUGUCUCAGCCCUUGCCCAGCCUUCAGAGAGCUCUUACUCUCUCCUACACAUUGUACUGCUUCCCCAGUCUGUGGUCAUUUUCCCUCAUCAGCCGAGAUAUUUAUUUUCUUCCCAACAUCCUAGUUUCUGCCCAUGCUCUCACUGCACAGUUAAUCUGCUCCUCAUUUUCAGAAUCACUGUUUCCUUCCUCACCUUGCUCCUGGAACUCCUUCUGCCUCAUCUUCAGGGUUACAAAUGUCCACACUUCUUUCCAGCUCUUUGCAUCCCCAUGCCCAGACUACCAGUAGCUCUCAAAAUGUAACUGUAUAAUCUUUAUUUUAAAAAAGCAACUGUUUAAUUAAAUUGCAAUUUAAUGUCUCCUUACAGGACCUGGAGUGCAUCAGGCAUUUCCAGGAGAUAACAAGUAGCCCAUCUCAGAACUCCUUUCCUCUAAAUUGAGGAGAAACUUGAGUGUUUCAGCUUCUCAGAUUGCUCUUUCAUGCCACCACUACCUAUGCCAGUGCCUGCAGUGCUGUCACAGCUGCAGGACGUGCCCUGAGGCACCUCCAAACAUGGGGAACACAUGCAGGACGCUGGUGACAGCGCCCACCUCCUGCUCCUGGGGCACCAAGCGCUUCGCAAUUAUGGGAGAAAUCCUUGGUAAAGGAGACUUCAGUCUCUUUUUCCCCAACCAGCCUCAUCCCACUGAUGCUUCUCGGCCCUCCAGCACAGCUCUUUCGUGGAUGCAUUCUCCCCUACAAGCUGCCAGGAAGCUUGGGUAACAGGGGACUUAACAAAUGGAGGAACCUCCACAGAGGAACUUCUUACUAAGGGGCAGGCAUGAGAGAAGCAGAAAUAGCCACAGUGACUGUUUCAUAUCCUGUGUCACUGGGGAGGCACUGAAUCGAGCAGGGAGCUUCACUCUUCCGGAGCUGGGGCUGCCCUGUUCCAUCACAAGACUGCAGCACAAGUGGACUCUGGUGGAAAUUCCACCAUGCCUACGCAAGCCUCUGCACAGACCCCUUGCUCCAUAAAUUGAGGCGCUGCUGAUGGUCUCAGCAUCAGACAGCAAAGAGGCUUCCAAGCUACCCUUGCCUGCUCCAGCUCCAGCCACCACUUCUCCAGCGACAUGAAGGGGUUUGUGGUUGCCCUCACCAUCCUCAUUGCUGCCUUCUGCUACCAGACUUCUGCUGCUCCAUUUGGCUCCGACCCACCAACCUCCUGCUGCUUCUCCUACAUCCCGCGGCAGCUGCCCCGCAGCUUUGUGAAGGAUUACUACGAAACCAACAGCCAGUGCUCCCAGCCUGCUGUCGUGUUCAUCACCAGGAAGGGCCGGGAAGUCUGUGCCAACCCCAUGGAGGACUGGGUCCAGCAGUACGUGAAUGAGCUGGAGCUGGACUGAGCUCCUGCACAGAUCCAGCUACUCCAUGUCCCCAGCUGCCGGAAUGGACGAGCUGGGGUCCACUGGAAGUGCUUCAAUGUCAUUUAGAGCUAACUGAGAAACUGAAAACAUUCCAAAACCCAACUUAAUGCUGUGCUAUUUAAUUUUUUAUAGGGGAGGGAUCAGGUGCAAUAACUCUGAGAUAAAAAAUAUUUUUAUUUAAUAUGUAUAUUAUUUUCUUAACCUGUAGACUCAGGUUAUAUUUUCUGUAUUUAAGUAACUAUAUUUUUGACAUAAAAUUCAAUUCAGAUGUCAAUAAAAAACAUUUUUUGUAAGAA